AUGAGUUUGCACGGUCACGCUUUCAAGUACAUCCGUCAUGGCCCAAACCCAGUGCCCCAGGUGCCAAAGAGCUACGCCAUAAUUGCCAAGGCGUUGGGUGCAACGAUGUGGUGCUGGAUCUUCUACAGAGCCAAGCACGACUACAAGGUGUGGUUUGUAAGCGCUGGAACACCCAGGCGAAGAACACCACUAAGUGCAGGUAUCUUAUUGAACACAGAUUACGCAUAG